UGAGAAAAGACAUCAAGAAAAGUAGUUCAAAGGAGAGAGAGAGAGAGAGAGAGAGAGAGAGAGAGGAAUAUAAUUAAACUAUGAUAUGUAUAUACAGAAAAAGUAACAGCAGCAAACAAGCAUUUCUCUGUCUACUGUCAUGCACUUUGCAUAAACACAAACUCUUUCUCUCUCUACACAUUAGGGUUUCUCUCUCAUCACAAUCACAACGCAGAUUCAGAUUCUCAUCUACCCCAUUCCCUUUCUUCAUCAAUAAUAUCUAACUUCUUAACUCGCUGAGUUAACUCGCCUUUCUCACCUUCUCCAACUCAGUGAGUUUCAUCUUCUUCUCUCUCUCUCUUGCUUUAACUCAAAACCCUUUUUUCUUCUUUUCUGAUUUUUCGAUUGCCCAAGUACAAAUUUCAUGUCUUUUUAUUAACUUGAAGUUAAAAAUGCAAUUUUUAUCAAUACCCUUUUCUAUGUUAAUAAAAAAAACCACAUUUUGAUGAUUCCAAUGAAAAAUAGCCCCAAAUAAGGAAAAUUAGAAAAAAAACCCAUCUCAAAUUAGUUAACAAUUGUUGUUAUUUAUUUGUCUUGUUUUAGUGUUUUUAAUGGCUGGUUCCAGUUCUUGUUCUGUUUCUGUUUCUGGUUCUGUUAGUUGUAAAAGUGAUAGUGGAAUUGAGAAUUUGAUUUGUGCUAGUAAAUCAUUGAAACUUAGUUUAGAGAAAUCAAAGAGUGUUGGAUUAGCAUUAGAGAAAGCAGGGCCAAGGUUAGAUGAGAUUAGGGUAAGGUUACCUUGGCUUGAAUCUGCGGUUAGGCCGAUUAGAGCGGAGAAAGAUGCUCUUGUGGCGGUUGGAGGUCAUAUUAAUAGGGCUGUUGGUCCUGCGGCUGCUGUGUUGAAGGUUUUCGAUGCGGUUCAUGGGCUUGAGAAGUCUUUGUUGUCGGAUCCACGGAUUGAUUUACCGGGUUAUUUGUCGGUUUUGAAGCGUCUUGAGGAGGCGUUGAGGUUCUUGGGAGAUAAUUGUGGUUUGGCUAUUCAGUGGUUGGAUGAUAUAGUUGAGUAUUUAGAAGACAAUUCGGUUGCUGAUCAGGUUUAUCUUAAGAAUUUGAAGAAGGAGUUGGAGAAUCUUAAGGAAUCGCAGAAUGGUGAUUUAGAUGGUGGUUUGUUAGAUGCUGCUUUAGAUAAAUUAGAGAAUGAAUUCAGGUUGCUUUUAACUGAUAACAGUGUGCCACUUCCUAUGUCGUCGGAUUCUCUUGGUGAUCAGCCUUGCAUUGCGCCUUCGCCUUUGCCUGUUUCUGUUGUUCAUAAAUUGCAGGCUAUUCUCGGCAGGUUGAGAGCUAAUGAUAGACUUGAUAAAUGUGUGUCGAUUUAUGUUGAUGCUAGAAGUUCUAAUGUGAGGGCAAGUUUGCAGGCGCUGAAUUUGGAUUACCUCGAGAUCUCGGUGUCUGAGUUCAAUGAUGUGCAGAGUAUAGAAGUGUAUAUAGCUCAGUGGGGAAAGCAUUUGGAGUUUGCGGUGAAGCAUUUGUUUGAGGCUGAGUAUAAGCUUUGUAAUGAUGUGUUUGAGAGGCUUGGACUCGAUGUGUGGAUGGGUUGCUUUUCAAAGAUAGCUGCACAGGCUGGUAUACUUGCGUUUCUUCAGUUUGGUAAGACUGUUACGGAGAGUAAGAAAGAUCCCAUUAAGCUUUUGAAGUUGUUGGAUAUUUUUGCGUCGUUGAACAAAUUGAGACUGGAUUUCAACCGUCUUUUCGGGGGUGAUGCGUGCGUCGAAAUUCAAAAUUUGACUAGGGAACUUAUUAAGAGUGUGAUUGAUGGUGCAGCGGAAAUUUUCUGGGAACUUUUGGUUCAGGUAGAGUUACAGAGGCAGAACCCUCCUCCUCCAGAUGGCAGUGUCCCGAGAUUGGUGAGCUUUAUCACUGAUUACUGCAAUAAACUCUUGGGGGACGACUAUAAGCCUAUACUGACUCAAGUCCUGAUCAUUCACCGAAGUUGGAAGCGUCAAAGUUUUCAAGAGAAGCUCCUUGUUAAUGAGAUUUUGAACAUAUUGAAAGCUGUUGAAUUAAAUUUGGAGACAUGGAUCAAGGCUUAUGAUGAUCCUAUGUUGUCAAGCUUUUUCGCCAUGAACAAUCACUGGCAUCUGUUCAAGCAUUUGAAAGGGACAAAGCUUGGAGAUCUUUUAGGGGAUUCGUUAAAGGAACAUGAACAGUAUAAGGACUAUUACUCCACAACAUUCUUGAGAGAUAGCUGGGGAAAGCUUCCUGGACAUUUGAGUAGGGAAGGGUUGAUUCUUUUCUCUGGAGGGCGUGCAACUGCUCGUGAUCUGGUCAAGAAAAGAUUGAAAAAGUUCAACGAAGUUUUCGAUGAUAUGUAUUCAAAGCAGUCGGGUUGGAUCAUGGUCGAGCGAGAUCUAAGAGAGAAGACAUGUCAGCUUAUAGUGCAGGCUGUGGUGCCUGUUUACCGGAGUUACAUGCAGAAUUACGGUCCCUUGGUCGAGCAAGAUGCCAGCUCUAAUAAAUAUGCAAAAUACACAGUACAGAAGCUUGAAGAAAUGCUUUUGUGUCUUUACCGGCCGAAGCCUGCAAGACACGGCAGCAUGAAAAGUCCGCAGCUUAGUGGAAAGUACGGCAAUGGAAUACCCGAUCUUCGUCGAACGGCUUCUGCAGUCGUGUAGUUUCCUACUCCUAUAUUUAUAAAGGUGAAACAUCGAUGAUAAUCUAUUCCCUUCAUCAAAUGGAUUGGCUGGUGUAUAUAAUUUUUCAUUGGAGCUCUGCAGUGCAUGUGACAGGCUUUGCUUAGAUUCUGAGAAGGAAGUUUCUGAGUACUGACUGUUCAAAUAUCUGAUGUAUUUCCAUGAAAAUGAAGUUUUGUAUCUCCCUUGAAAAGGGGUUUCUGUAAAAGAUGUGCAAUCUGUUAGUGUACCAUAGGUUAUGAUCCUUUGGUCAAUAAGUUUGGACCUUCCAAUGAGGUUCUUUGAUCAUACUCCUUGCUAAGGUAAUUAAUUAUUUUUUCCAUCAUCAUUGUCUUAUUCAGUUUGUAGAAGGAUCAUUGCAUUAUGCAGAUUUUAUGUACAAUUUUUUUAGUA